AUGCAAAACAUAAUCGACACGUACGAAAUAAUUGGGAAAAUCGAUGACCAGAAAUCCAUUUCCUCGAACAGUUUGCUCAGCCAUGAGGAAUGCAAUGAGGGGUCCCCGGGUGAAGGGGGGCACGACCCCAAUUCGGACAGCACGGAGAGGAAAGAAUUAAGCAACAAAUCGGAUGGGAGAAUCAUGGAAAGCACGCUGAAUGGAGAAGAGGCUGAACAAGCGAGCAAAGAAAACGGGUGUGAAAGGUACAAAGCAAGGUGCCCAAAAGGGGACGCGAGUAAGUCCAAAAGUUGCACAAUGGAAAAUAUGAAAGGCGAGUUUGAGGGGGAGACAAGUGCUGGCAACUUAAAUGGCGGGAGCCAAAGCAGCUUGGUGCGCAUCCACAGCGGCGUUGGGAAGGUCGCCCCCAGUGGGGAAGCAGAAACCGACAACCCGAAUAGGAACUCCAACCGGGAGAGAACCUCUCAAAUUGGCAACUCCAACCGGGAAAGAACCUCUCAAAUUGGCAACUCCAACCGGGAGAGAACCUCCCAAAUUGGCAACUGCAAAAAUAGCUGUAAAAAGCAUUACAAAGUGCUGAUACACGCGCCUGCCUGCUGGAAAGGAGAAAAGUUUAACUCCACGCCCUUCAUUUUUGUAUACGAUAAGUCAAGUAACUUUUUUACAUAUAGUGAGUCUCCACUAGAAAUUGAAAAAUACAUAAUCGAUACGAGUGCAGAAAAUUUCGAAAGCAGAGUACUGACAAUUAUUUUUUAUGACUCCGUUUUUGCCUGCACCACUUCAUCGCUUCUUCUGAAAAACAAUAAAGGAGAGAUUCAACACUUGCCCAAGCCACUCAGUGUGUUCUACCUCCCAUUAAGCAAGCUAGACUUAUGUAACGAUUCCGUCAAGUAUAGGUUGGCUCUCAGAACGAACAGUAUCCUUUGCGACGUAAACAUAAAAGAAGCCAUUAGCUUGUUCAAUAACAAUUCCAAAAUAGCAGGACCAAAUGUGAAUAAGUUCAGCUUACAUUUUAUUUUAAAAAAUAGAAACUACUAUGAUAAUGAGUCGUAUAACUACCUGAAUUAUCAGACGAAAUUUUACGGGUUGCCCCGAUCUAACCUCUCCUCCUGUGUGCAAAAGUACACAGGGGCUAAUAAGGACAGGGCCCCCAGCAAUGUGGUCAAUAGAUACUUAGCCAAGUCGUCCAAGAGCCAAGUGCAUACAUUUACAAAACAGCAGACGGAUCCAAAUCAGUUUAUUUCCCUAGAGAGAUUAAAAAAUAAAUGGGAAAAUUACAACCAAGUGAAUAAUGAGAAGAAGAAUCAAAACCACUCGGCGUAUAAUCCCUUGAGGAAAAAGGAUACGAAACUUACUUCGUACGGCAUACCAAAUGAUAGUGAAUCCUUUGUCAGCAGAGUCAAAUCGGAGGUGGCUCGUCAGGAGGCCGCCAUGGGUGGAGAACGAUCAGCUGGAAAAAAUGACACUCAAAAGUGUGGAGAAGCGAACAAUGAGAUGGAAAAUCCAGUUAACAGGAACCCUAACAGAAAGGACACUUACAAUACGAGUGCAGAAAUAAACUCGUACAAUUACGGAAAAACCAAAUCGAUAUACGACCUGAUGCAUGACAGUAAGGAGAAGCUGUCAGCCGAUUUCGACGUGAAGGAUGAUGUGUUCCCAGAAGACAGCGCAUCCAUGAUAAACAUUUUUGAAAAGGAGUCCGCUUUAUCCGAACGAGGGAAGCAAGGUGUGGAGGGGGGAAGCACUCUGACCAGCAAUAUCAGGGCCGCCAAAGAUAUGUACUCUCGCGUGAAGAGCGUCAUGAGGAAGCGGGGUGAUGCUAGUGGUCACACUGGAGAUAACUAUGGGGACCGCUUGGCCAAAAAACCGGAGGAACGCAACCGGGAGGGAGAUAUGGAACGAAACCGGGAGGGCUAUCUGGAACGAAACCGGGAGGGCGAUCUGGAACGAAACCGGGAGGGCGAUCUGGAAUGCAACCCAAAGAGCCAAGUUGACCGAUUCGGAGAGGAUAGAUCAGUGUGCUAUUCCCAGGUGGAAAACUUGAGGUACUUCAACACUAACAACUCCAUAUGCUCAUCCUACGGGAGGAACGAUGAAAAUGUCAUUCUAGCCAUGAAGGAGAUUAAGCAAUGGAUGGAAAAGAUAGAAGACAAAAUGAGCACCAUUUCGUGCGAUAGAAGCGACCUGAAUACAGCAGUAGGACAGAACCAACCCACAGAAAAAAGGUACAACAAAAUUAUAGCCUUUUUAAUUAAAAGCGUCAAAAAUAACAUAAGGCUGAAAAACAAGUGCAUAUACAGAAGCUGCUAUCUCAACAUAAGAAAUCUGUACUUGUUAAAAAAAAAUGAGAAGGUCAUGUUUGAAAAUAAACUCAUGAUGAGGAAUUACGGGAAGCUAAAGUCCAAGUAUAAAAACGUGCUUGUAAAUUUAUGCAAAAAAAACCUACUCAUAAAGUACUACUCUAUAAAGGACAAAUUUCAGUAUAGCAAAAAAUACGAAAAUAUGAUGAGACAUCUGCAGCAGGAAAAAAAUGACCUACUGAGCAUUAUAGAAGAGAAGAAAUACGAGCAGGAAAACAGUCAUAACAUCAAUUUGAUGCUUUCGGAGGAGUUAAAAAAGGCUCAGGAGGAUAAGGAGUCCAUUUUAAGCAAAAAUUUUUUCUACAAAAGUGAGACGGAUAAAGCUGCCACCAAGUGUGAGGUGAUGCAGAAGGAGCUGGACCGUCUGAAGGAGGAACUACAGUGCGCCAAACGGGAAAAUGAAAAGGCGAAAACGGGGACGGGACAUAUCAUGUUAGAGACGGAGCAACUCAAAAUGGAGAAGGAGCAACUCAAAAUGGAGAAGGAGCAGCUCAAAAUGGAGAAGGAGCAACUCAAAAUGGAGACGGAGCAACGCAAAUUAGAGAAGGACGCUCUCAUAAAGGAGCUGGGAGAUACCAAGGCGAAGUAUUUCAAUCUGACUGGGAUAUUAGAAGGAGAGGAAAAAAUGUACAGCCAGAAAGUACAAGAGUUGGAAAAAAAAAUCGAAAAUCUGACACAGGAAAAAAACACACUCAUUAACGAAAUAAAAGACGAAAUUGAUAAUUUCACAAAAAUGCUAAACGAUAAAGAAAUGGAAAAUACCAAAAUGAAGGAGAAGCUGAAGGAGUUAAAAAAUGUGGAGGAGAAAUACAAAGACACACAAAUAAAUUUUGAUUCGCUGAAAAAAGAAUUUGAAAAGUCAUUCGAUGAAGUACAAAUUAUUUUAAAAGAAAUGAUACAGAAGGAGAAGGAGUACACGAAGAAGUACAAUAACACCAUUAAAUGCUUAGAGACGGAACAUAAACAGACAGUGGAGAAACUACUGAACGAGAAGGAACAAUCCGUGACAGAAAUUAAUUACUACAAAGAUGUAUGCCAUAGUCAGUGUAGUAAGAUGACCACCUUUGAUGAAAGUCUAACCGCUGCGGAAAAAUUACUAGACCAUGUUUUGUCUCAGUACCCACAACUGUUCAACGAGUUUAAAGUCAGCUCCAGAAACAAUGUCCUAAAUAAAUCCUUUGGGAAAAUGCAUUAUGAAAAUAUUCAAUCUGUGCGAGAUAAUAUUAAAUUAAUUAGAAAGUCCUUGAGUCAAUUCAAGAUGAGCUUUAAAAAUAGCUCCUUCAAUUUCCAAAUGGGUUCUGAUUACAGCAGAAAAUACUCCACUCAGAAGAAGGGCAGCUUCUCAGCCAACACAGGAAAUAAACGAAUGAACAGCAUUUUGAGGUACUACGAGAAUUAUCACAAAUAUGCUAACCACAGAGAACAGCCAUACGGAGAGGAAGAACCUUUAUGUGAAGAACAAUCCAGUAGAAGGAGAUCCAUCAGUAAUAAUAGCGCUAGAAAUAUGUCCAUUAUUUCGAACACUAAGAAGAGCAUCAAUUUGAAGAGCAAAAUCGAUUCUUACAAUGCCCAGAUGCAGAGGAAUGUCUCCAAAAAUAGGUGCAGAAGUGGAUCUGUUAGUGGGAAGCAAAAGGGAUUAGCAGUAUAUGGCGACUUGAAGAAAAGACCCUCUAGUCGUAAGGGUGGUCAUGAUGAAGAGGCUUCAAAUAGGGGGUUAGUAGACGGAAGCUUGGAUGACCAGCUUGCGGAAAGGGACUCAUCAAGGUACACCAAAUCGAAGAGCGAAGAACUCCGUGAGGAGACGCCAAAGGGGGGUCAUCUUGUCCCGGGAGAGACCUACGAGGAGGCGGUGGAGUGGCACGUAGACCCCAGCAACGGGGUAAGCGGGAUGAGCGGCAUGAACGGGAUGAGCGGUAUGAACGGAAUCAGCGGCGUGAACCGAGUAAUUGGCAUAGGCGAGCUUAACAGCACAAGCUGCCCAAACGACAUCGACGAGCUGAACCACAUCGACAUUGUAAACAUGUACGAAAACAAUGGCUACUUCAACGACGGGGGGGCCACCAAUGGGGCCCCGCACGGCGCAUCGAACACUCCCUCGAGCGCCCCAUCCAAUCCAGUUGGGACAAACGUAGAGGGCAAUUUCUCGAACACCCACCCAACCAAAGGGGAAGCAAAAAAAAAAACAAACAGAAAGGAGAACUACGAGUUUGACAAAAACGACUUCAAGGAAAUCAUAUCCUUUAUAGAAAAAAACGUUAUAAAAAAUUCAGACACUCUAAAUACAAGUGGGAAGGAUUUAAAGAAUGUGGAAGAUUGGAAGGGAGUUCCGGGGAAGGCAUCCCUGGGAGAGAACAACGGAGGGAGAGGAGGAGAAGCCAUGUACCCAAAUCAGCAACAACCAGUUGGUCACACUAAGGCGGAAGAGAAGGAUAGCUCACCCAGGAGGACACAUACGGGUCAGAAAAAUAUAUAUCAAUCCAGUGCAAGCAAAAAAACAGGAACGUUUAAGUACACAGAUAAGGUGAGCAAACACGUUUCGGACAGCAACGUUGUUAGAAGUGUUAGUAAUAACUCCAAGGCGACUAGCGGCAGAGGUAUUAUAGCGAACAGUAAGGGUGGUCACCCGAUUGGAUUGCCAACUGGGCAGCAAAGCAGCAGAAUAAAGAACUCAAGCAACACGACAUCAGUGAUGAAAACGGUAGUGGGCAGCUCUAGGAAAAAUUCUUCCAUGAUUUACACAACGGGAAGCGAAAGUGGUAUCGUCGGUAAUAACAAUGAGGAUGCGGCGAAGAGGCAUAUUAGUACUAACUAUAAGUACAAGGUUGCAGAUGAGUCUGCUAAAUAUUUGAAAAAAGACAAUUCGGAUGUUCUCAAAUGCGCGAAGGGGUCCAUAGUAAAGAAGAGUGUAACUCCGGACAAGGAAAGGAAUACCAGUAGCAACGCGAAUAAAUCAGUUCUUUCGAGGACCUAA